AUGAGCACCAACUCCCUGACCACCUGCUGCGAGACCAGCGGCCGGACUCUGGCCGACUCGGGGGCGGCGGCGGCGGCGGCCUCGGCCCAGGCGCCGGUCUACUGCCCGGUCUACGAGAGCCGGCUGCCGGCCACGCCGGCUGGUGCUGAGGGGCGUGUGCGGGACUCGCCCGACGUGGCCGGCCAGCGGCACAUCUACAGGCCUAGCGAGUCAUUGGGCACGGGGGUGGUGGUGAACAGCUUCGAGUCCAAGGACGGGGGCGGAUCUGCGCAUGCGGGGCUGACCCAGGCGGCCGCUUACUACCCCUACGACCACACGCUCAGCCAGUACCAGUAUGACAGGUACGGCGCCCUGGACGGCGGGACGCGGCGCAAGAACGCCACCCGCGAGACGACGAGCACGCUGAAGGCCUGGCUGCAGGAGCACCGCAAGAACCCCUACCCGACCAAGGGCGAGAAGAUCAUGCUGGCCAUCAUCACCAAGAUGACCCUCACGCAGGUCUCCACCUGGUUCGCCAACGCCCGGCGCCGCCUCAAGAAGGAGAACAAGAUGACCUGGCCGCCCCGCAACAAAGGCGCCGACGAGAAGAGGCCCUACGCGGGCGAGGAGGAGGAGGAGGAGGCGGCGGCCGCCGAGGGAGAGGCUCCCGAGGACGGCCUGAAGAGCGAGCGGCUGGCGGACACGGCCAGCAAGGAGGAGAAGGAGCUGGCCCUGAGCGACCUGGAGGACUACGACCCGCUGGAGUCGGAGAGCUCCGAGGGCGAGCUGAAGGCGCCGGCCUUCGGCCACGUGGAGGGCGACGGGUGCGUGGACGAGGCCUGCAAGGAGCCCGCCCUGGGCGCGGACGCGCUGGAAGGCGCCCUGGGGCGGGCCAAGAGCUGCCUGAAGGAGCCGGCGAGGGUCCCGGAGGGCUGCGAGGCGGCGGAGCUGCUGAGCGCCCGGCAGCUCAGGGCCGGCUGCGAGGCCAAGCGGUGCUACCACCACCAGCAGCAGCAGCAGCAGCUCUCGGAAGGCGGCGGGGGGGGCGGCAAGCCGAGGAUCUGGUCGCUGGCGCACACGGCCACCUCCCUCCACCAGGCCGAGUACCCGUCGUGCAUGCUGAAGCGCCAGCAGGGGGCGCCGAGCGCCGCCAGCGCCCUGGCCUCGCCCGCCGCCAGCGCCGUCGAGCGGCCCGCGAAGGAUUCCCCGGUCACCAACCUCAGGAACUGGGUGGACGGCGUCUUCCAC